AUGUCCGGCAUGGGCAGCCUGGAUCCGCGCUACCUGUGCGUGCUCAGGGUGCACAGGCCCUUCUUUCUGGGCGGGAGGGCCCGUCCGGCAGCCAUCGUGCGCAAGCCGAACGAGGGGCACGGCGUGCUAGCCCCUCUGGGGAACGCCUUCAACUCGUGGUUUGGGAAGCCCGAGCAGCCGUGCGAAACGCAGACCGCCCUCCUUUCAUGGCAUUGGGCUGAGGACUUGAUUGCCGUCGCCACGGGCGCCCGCCUGGAUCGCAUAUGUGCGUUCAGCUUUCAAAACGGCGUGUGGGAGAUUGCGGGGCAGCGAGUCCCGAUGUUUCAGGGGACCAGAUGUUUGGCGUUCCGCCCGUUCGCGGGGAGGGUGCUGGCCAUCGGGUGCGACGACGGCGUUGUGCUGCUGAGGGGGACGAAGACUGAGCACUUGCGCGCCCCAGGGCACACGCAUGUCGUGUCGCUGGAUUGGUCCUCGGACGGGAGCAAGCUGGCGACGGCAUCGGCGGCGGAUGGCUUGGUGAGGCUUUGGGAUGUGGGGACAGGCAAGUCCAUGGUCGUAGAUCGCGGCGGCUUAGUCUGCUUUAGCCGCGGGGCGGGGGGGAGGUUUUUGUUCGUCGCCAGUGCAGUCAGCAACUUUUUCAGGCUGUGGUGCACGGAGACGUGGACGAUGGAGAGGUGGGGAUACUUGUCGGGGCCUGUGGCGGCGGUGACAUGGUCGCCGGAUGGCAUGGCGCUGUUCUUCUCAACGCAUGGGGAAAGUGCAAUUCAUGUGAUCAGUAUUGGCGGCCCGAGGAUCGACGAUGACACCAAGGUGAUACAUACCGAGCACACGGAGCUGCCAGAGAAGGGAGGGCCGGGGGGAACGCCGGUGCUAUUGGAGAUGGAUAACACCGGGGAACGGUUGGCGGUCGCGUAUGAGACGCCGCAAGAAGAGCUCGAGUCAGGCGGCGGGCUGCACAAUGAGGAUUUUAGAACUGACCCAAAUAGAAGGCAUGUAGUAGCGCUUUAUGCAACGCAGUUGCAGCCGACGUUCAGGAUUAGCCCAGUCGGAUAUGUGUCGGGGCCGGAGGAGAGUGGACCGCCGGUGGGGAUUAAGUUUAACUCGAGGGGGAAUGCGAACAAGUUGACGGUGCUGUCGUGCAUGUGGCGCAGUGGGGAUGUGACCUGUACACAACUUCUGUUCAACCCUUAUCGACAAUGAGCUUUUGGAGCUGGCAACAUGUACUGCGGUACGUAAUGAAGCUGCUUGUUGCUGCCGCAACGAAAACUACUACCUAAACUACUAAAUCAGACUUUUCGCUUGCAGGUUUCGCCAACAUCUAAAGCGGCUUGUUUCCGCGUCAA